AUGCGCCGAGACCGAUGGUUGAUGCAUCGGUUUAAACGCUGCAUCUUUUAUGAGAAGGUUAUUCAAGGGAUUCGCUGUGAUAGCAAAACGGAGAAUGAAUCUUCGAAAUUUCAUCUUAAAGUUUCGUAUGCGCGUGAAAAGUUCUUCCAAAUCGCAAAAAUGUUCGGGUACAUUGGAACUAGCAACUAUGAUAACUAUGGGAGAAGCGAACUUACUAGUGCUUGGGACGAAAUUGAUUCUAUGGAGGCCCUAGAACGGGAAGGUAUAAGGGUUAGCUAUUCCCUUACCUGUGAACUCUGCAAAAAAAUCGAUAAAAAUCGGUAA